AUGUCGCUCGCGCGCGCGCGCGCCUCCGGCCCGACGCCCGCGCGCGCGUCGACGUCGACGUCGACGUCGUCGUCGUCGCGCGCGCGCGUCGUCGCGCUCACGCGUCGCGCCGCGCUCGUCGCCGCGGUCUCGCUCGUCGCGCCCGGCCGCGCGCGCGCCGACGCGUUCGCCGACGCCGACGCGUUCGCCGACGCCGGCGAAUCGCCCGCGGUCGGCGCGUGCGCGGAUUGCAUCGGCGAGUACAACGGGUACCUGAACUCGUGCGAUCGCGCGUCGUCGUCGUGCGUGUCCUCGCAGAACGACGACGCGGAGAGAUUCGUCGCGCCGUGGGCGUACGAGGGCGACCGCGCGACGGCGAUGCGACGCCUCGUCGACGUCGCGACGGGACGCGCGACGCCGCGAGGCAGGGCGCUGUCGCAGCGCGGGAGCGGGAUCGGGGCGAGGACGGGCGACGGGCGCGCGCGCGACGGGUUGUCGUUCGUCGCUCGCGCGGAGGCGUACGACGAAUCGAGCGGAUACGUGCGGUUGGCGCUCGCGCCCAAGACGCGAAACGACGCGAACGGUGGAUUCGGGGCGAAGGUCGCGCUCGACGGGAACGACGUCGACGUCGCGGGCGUCGGCGUGUUCGACGCGGAAUUUCUGUUCAUCGCGAACGACGAAGUGGUCGACGUGCGCGUGGCGCAGCGCGGCGGUAACGCCGAGAAUCGCGGGGUGUUUCGAUUGAGUUACACCGAUGGCGUGGCGUUCGAUACGAAUCUCGCGAGGGCGCGCGCCGAGGAGCUUCGCAUCGCGAUCGGGUGGGAAAUCCUCCCAGUCAUAGCCGCGUUCGAUCCGAAGUGGAGCGACAAAGAGCGACUUUGGUUUGAGAAAUUAUUCGACGCCGCCGCGGGGCGUCCGGCGCCGGAGACGAACGAUCUACGCGACAUGCGCGACACGUACUCGUACGAGUGA